AUGAUUUUGGGUGGUUUUAAGCCCUCAGUUGAUGUAUUUAAUGUUUUGUUAGGUGCUAUUGUGGAGAAGAAGAGAGGCUUUGAAGAUGUGGUGUUUAUUUAUGAGGAGAUGGUAAAAGCAGCAGUUUUGCCAAAUUUUGAUACUCUGAACUAUUUGUUGGAGGUUUUAUGUGCAAAUAGUAGCAUUGAGUCUGCUUUGGAUCAGUUUAGGAGAAUGAACAAGAAAGGGUUUAGUCAGAAUAGUAGGAAAUUUGAGAUGAUAAUAAAAGGUCUUAUUUUGAUCAAUCGAGUGGAUGAUUCAGUUAUCAUUUUAGGCGAGAUAUCUGAUGCUGGAUUUGAGCCGGAAUUGACUUUCUAUACCUGUAUAAUGCCACUAUGUAUGUGUGAGAACCAUAGAUUAGAUGAUGCGAAUAAUCUUCUUGAAGAGAUGAUAGAAAACAGUAGAACACCUGCUGUUGAUGUGCUUGUUGAUCUAGUAGCCGGACUUUGUGCAAUAGGAAAAUUUGAUGAAGCUAUGAAUUUCUUGGAAGACAAAUGUGGUUACGUAACUUCUCCACACAACGCUAUGCUUGAAGGUUGCUGCAAUGCUGUUCCUGACUCUGCGACAUACUCAGCUCUUGUUGUAGGCAACUGUCAAUUGAGAAACUAUGAGGAUGCUCUGCAGGUGUUCCAUUGGUAUGUUCAAUAUGCACUCGGGAAAUCUCCUUGUUCUGUUAAGUCAUACUUGGUGGUAGUGAGCCCUAUUGUUGGUAAUCCUACACAAGUCUCGGAAAUGACAUGGGAAAGAAUUAAAAAGUUUCUGAUGUCUCCUGGAGGACAAUCUGCAAUAAUGGCUUCUCAAUGCAGCUAUGAAGCCGGUGCUAUAUUGAAGAAUAUGUGUUUUACAGAGUUUACAUUAGGUGACUUACUUCAGAUCUUGAAUAUGGUAAUUACCAUAAAGAAAUGGAUUAUUCAUAAUCAAACUGGAUGGCAGCCAAUUGUCAUUGCCGUUGCAGAGUGCAGCGCUGAAUUAGGCGCUAAAUCUGGUUCAUAA